GUUGUGAUGAGAACGACGAGUUGAAGACCAGAUGGACUUGAUCCAGUUAGUAUUGUCAUGGCCAAAUUUCCUCCGGGACCCUCGGUGGAUGUACCUGUGACAAGGUUUGGAAGCGAUUUCCGGGUGGAGGUCAAGUGCCACGGGUGGAGGGACGGCUAGGUGGACGUACCUGCGGUGAGUCUUGGAAGCGAUUUCCGGGUGGAGGUGAAGUGCCACAGGUGGAGGGACAGCUAGGUGGACGUACCUGUGACGAGGUUUGGAAGCGAUGUCCGGGUGGAGGUGAAGUGCCACAGGUGGAGAGACGGCUAGGUGGACGUACCUGCGGUGAGUCUUGGAAGCGAUUUCCGGGUGGAGGUGAAGUGCCACAGGUGGAGGGACAGCUAGGUGGACGUACCUGUGACGAGAUUUGGAAGCGAUGUCCGGGUGGAGGUGAAGUGCCACAGGUGGAGAGACGGCUAGGUGGACGUACCUGCGGUGAGUCUUGGAAGCGAUGUCCGGGUGGAGGUGAAGUGCCACAGGUGGAGAGACGGCUAGGUGGACGUACCUGCGGUGAGUCUUGGAAGCGAUUUCCGGGUGGAGGUGAAGUGCCACAGGUGGAGGGACGGCUAGGUGGACGUACCUGUGACGAGGUUUGGAAGCGAUGUCCGGGUGGAGGUCAAGUGCCACAGGUGGAGGGACGGCUAGGUGGACGUACCUGUGACGAGGUUUGGAAGCGAUGUCCGGGUGGAGGUCAAGUGCCACAGGUGGAGGGACGGCUAGGUGGACGUACUUGUGACGAGGUUUGGAAGCGAUGUCCGGGUGGAGGUGAAGUGCCACAGGUGGAGAGACGGCUAGGUGGACACGGAGCUGCAAAAGCUCAGUAACACUUAGUACUGUGUACUGAAGCUGUGCUGUCAUAGGGCGGUGAAUGAUGAAUAAAACAGCCCAGAUAAGCACGGACCACAUACACACCCCGUGAAUCCACAUCAUAGUAGGGAGCGGGCAUUAAAUGCUGGAGGCUGGAGGAUGCCCGAUGUGGAUGGAGGUCUGCAAUUUUAACUCUGGAGAAUGGGAAGUUGGUACAGCAGUGAACCAUGGAGGAAGGUCGAGUGGGAAGAAAGUACAAGAAACAGACUCAAGACAUCGGUGCAAAACUACACACCCAUAAUUGACUCAGUGCCUCGGGCUCGGAUUCUUCUGGUUGGUGAUGCUGGUGCUGGAAAAUCAAGCUUCUUCAACUCCAUCAACUCUGUCUUCUGUGGCUCCAUAACAGCCCAAGCCAAUGCAGGAGACGGUCCCACCUGCCAAACCCUGAAGUUUCGCACUUACAAUGUGAGAGAGGGCAAAGGUGGACGGCCUCUCUCAUUCCUCCUGUGUGACACCAUGAGAUUGGAAAAAACAGCUAAUGGAGGGGUGAACACUGACGAUAUUGAGAACAUCCUAAAGGGCUACAUACCGGACGGGUACCAGUUUAACCCUACAAUGCCAUGGAGCGAAAAUGGUGAUCAAACUCACACUCCAUCACUUAAGGAGAGGAUCCACUGUUUGGUGUUUGUUGUAGAUGCCCCAACACUUCCAGUACUGAAUUCAGAAGAAAAGAGAAAAAAAAUCAUUCAAAUCAAGGAGAAAGCUAACCAGUUAGAAGUUCCUCUAAUGGUUCUACUGACCAAAGUGGACAAAGUGUGCCCACACACAGGAAAGGACUUGAAGAAUGUGUACUGGAGUAACAACUUAAAGGAGCAGAUCUACAAAGCAAGUGACUUUCUGGGCAUCCACGUGUCAAGUGUGUUUCCAGUGAAGAAUUACUGCAGUGAGACUGAGCUGGACAUGCGCUCUGACAUCCUGCUUCUUGCCGCAAUGCAGAAAAUGCUACACUUAGCUGACGAUUUCUUUGCCAAUUUUGUGGAAGACACAGAUACUGAAGGGAUUCCCAGCUGUUCCAGGCAAAGAGGUGGCCAAUAUGGAAGCUGGGCUAAAUACAGGAAAUUGGACAACUCCAACUGGUUGUUUGUUGGGGGUGGAAUAGUUUGGUAUUUAGUUUUAUUUUAUUGUUUAGGUAUGUUUUUGGAGUUAAUUUGAUUUUGUUUAUUUUGAUUGAAGCAUUAGUUGAUUGUUCUGUUUUGAUUUAUUUGUGGUAUUUGUCAUUGUUACUUUUUUCUUUUGUAUCUUGUGGUUUGGCCAACCAGUAUAUAUAGUCCUUAUGGUGUCUUGUUUGAGAGAAGUCAGCUUGUUUGUUUAGCUUGUAUUGUUAGCUGUGGUGUGAUAAGUUGAUUUUUUUGUGGGCCCAGGUUUAUUUCUCUUGUUAAAGUUUCUUUUUGUUAAUUCAAAAGGAGUUUUUUUCUAAUUUAGCUGUGUGCCUCAUGCCUGCCAUCUCGGUCCCUCACAGUAUGAAAUGUGCAUUAUUCAGCUCUGCAGCUUUUCUAUGUUGAAUUCGCAACAAUAUAAUUGGCUGUAAUAUGUGGCCAGUUAAAACUUCCAAAGACUGCUACUGAUCAUUAUAAUAAAAACACCUGGUUUCUCACAAUACUUCUGGGCGUCUUGCCUGGGUCUGUAUCACGGUGCCCUUGGCCGACUCCGCCCCCUCUGACAUGAGUAUACAAAACACUGUGGAGCCCAUUUUGCUAUCAUUGUGCUUCCAGGAAAUAUGACUGGCAGCUUUAUCUUAUAGAGGCGAGGAAGUAAUUGGAUUCCAAAGGAGACAGAGGAUAGUGGUAAGACAGAAAGGGGCGGGAACUACCUGAGCCACGGAAUGGGAAGCAAUCAUCACCACCUCUGCCAUCUUCAGUUAUGCUAAUCAUUGCAGUUAUGCUUUCACCAUUAGAGGAGGAAUUACUAUCUGGAAAAUAGAGAAGUGAAAUCAUGUGUCAUAUCCUGUGUUUAGUGUGGAUUCAUGUUACUUCUGAUUGGAUGGACAAACCCACAUGAUUCCCUACAAUCGUAAUGUAGCAUUAAAGUGGCUUCAACAGAAGUGUUUUUCCAGGGACACUUUUUGGUCUCUGUGUCAGCAAAAGACACAAGGAAUCAUACUGGUUUUACUGGAGGGAGACGAUGUUUGUCGUGAGAAGGUCACUAAAGAGUAGCAGGUAUUAAAUAUCACCAAGAUCAUCUAAAAUGCUAUGCUCAUCAAUUCAACAUGAUCCUCCUGAUUUUUCAUGACAGAAACACUCAUAACUAUGGCUAUUAAACUACAAUGUUAGUCAUUCAUACUUGCCUGUAGUACUGGUGUGGUAGAAAAUUUUUAAAUCAACCUCUCUGAUAACACAGAGAGUCACUUAGAAUAAAAGUCUGGACCUCUCAGUUUGGUGAGUAAAGGAAAUCUCUUGUAUUCCAGCAAAGCGCUCCUGUCACACUCUGGCACUUGGUACCAAGUCACACGGAGCAACCAGUUGAUAAACCACAACUCCCAAUUCCCAAUAAGAACUUCUAAGUCCUGAUUGGUUACAAAACACCACCAAACCGAGCUCAAACGUAUAACAAACACAAUUCUCUUGCUCUAUUGGUUCACCUUGGCAGCAAGGUAAAACCCACCCAUUUUGCUCAGUUUACCAGAACAUGUCUCGACUGCUAG